UCACAACAUGGCACCUGCUGGCGGGGGUGUUGUGCUGGCGGCUCUGUCGCUGCUGUACUUAUGCGGAGCUAUUUUAUCCAGCGAGUAUUUCUCCACCUUGACUUUUUUCAACAGCGACCUUCACAAGCACGGCUGCAGCUCUCCGGCCGAGUGGGAGGAGUAUGCACCGGACUGCGAGUCAUCUAUCCUGCAGUUGGAGGAUCCGGACUGUGAAGAGGGGAGCAACCCGUCCUGCGAGUCCAUCUUUUCACUCAAUGCAGAGAAAAUACUUAAUCAGGCAAAGUUGUUUGUCGAACAGCGACGGUUUCCUUUCGCUGUGGAAAACCAAAAUACCAAUGAAGAGCUUGCCAUUGGCUAUGUUCUCAUUGGAAAUGGCCUCUUUGAUGAAGCUAUCAAGCACUUCUCCUUACUGCUACAGGGAGAUCCUGAGCUGGUGAGUGCCAUCUAUGGACGGGGAAUAGCCUACGGCAAAAAGAGUCUGCAGGACAUAAAGAAUGCAGACUUGGCUCUGUAUGAGUUGAGCAGAGUGAUCGCACUGGAGCCCAGCAGACCAGAAGUAUACGAGCAGAGGGCGGAGAUUCUGUCUCCUCUGGGCCGCAUCAGUGAAGCUCUGUCAGACCUGACUAAAGCCAUACAACUGCAGCCUUCAGCCCGACUCUACAGACACCGAGGAACACUGCUCUUCAUAUCAGAGGUGCACAGACACAGCCAUCUUAUCUGUCAAAAAGCUCUGUUACUGGAUCAGAACCACAUCCAGUCUCUCCAGCUCCGAGGAAUGAUGCUGUACCACCACGGCAGCCUGCAGGAGGCCAUAGGCAGCUUUAAGAGAUGUCUGCAGCUGGAGCCCUAUAAUGAAGUGUGUCAGUACAUGAAGGGUCUCAGUCAUGUGGCCAUGGGCCAGUUCUACGAGGGCAUUAAAGCUCAGACGAAAGUCAUGCUCAACGACCCUCUCUUGGGACAGAAAGCCAGCUCCGAGUAUCUCAAAGUCAGAUAUCUCAGAGGUGAGAAAUUAGAGCCAUAUAAUAAUUUCCACGUGGUCGUUAACAAGCAUUACAUAAUGCUUAACAUAUCAGUAGUUCUCAUUAGCUUCAGUAUCUGUGUUAGCCAGAUAGGAAACACGAUGGGAUUGGCCACCUUAGAGGUGAUGCAGGCCAUGCAGCGCACCUGGAGUAACUCGAAGGUUCGAGUCAACGGAAAGACCAGACAGCUGCAGUGGAGAGACAUGUUUGACAUUGCAGUGAAAUGGAGAAGGAUUGCAGAUCCAGACCAGCCUGUGCUGUGGUUGGAUCAGAUGCCUGCCAGGAGUCUUAGCAGAGGAUUUAACAACCACAUUAACCUCAUCAGAGGGCAGAUCAUUAAUAUCAGAUAUCUGGAGUAUUUCAGAAGUAUUCUCGGCUUCGUAAAGGAAAGAAUACUGGUUUAUCAUGGGGCGUAUAACCCACGGGGGCUUCAGGACGUAAAGCAGGCUCUGGAAAAUGUGAAUAAAGUGGAGGAUCUGCUGCCCAUCAUGAAGCAGUUCAACAGUAAAACCAGAGAUGGCUUCACAGUCAAUUCUAAAGUGCCCAGUCUGAAGGAUCCUGGGAAAGAAUACGACGGAUUCACCAUCACCAUCACCGGAGAUCGUGUGUGGGAUGAAGCAGGCCAUGUUUUUCAUUCUCACGGCUUCCAUAUGCAGGUGUGUGAAAGGCCUUCUGCUGAUUAAUAUGAUGAUUAAUUUGGUGCUUUAGAGAACAGAUUGCAUAAAGAUUCUGUUUUUCAGACAUGCUUAAUCGCACACAAUUAUGAGAGGUUUGUGUGCCUGGUUAUUAUCUAUAUAGCUGUAUGUGUUUCAUGAUAUCUAUCUGUUUUUCUCUAAAUGAACACACGCAAGCAUGCUCCAUGCACCACUAUAAUGAUAGAUGAUAA